ACCAUUAGUCUUGUUGAUUUGCAUCUUUUUUGCAAAGAAGCGCGAAAAUGGUGACACUAACACUAUCCUUGAGCUCAACUCUAUCAUCAUCUCCAAUCUCUCCCCCAUUCCCUCCAAACCCAAAACACUCAAAUUCUUUCUCCUACAAAUCCUCCAAUGCCGUCAUUUCUCGACGAGGCACCGCGAUUCUCCUCACAAUUGCCCCUUUUCUUCUCCAAAUCCCAUCUCCAGCAUUUGCAUUCGACCUAGGCAUCUCAGGACCAAAAGAUUGGCUCAGGGAGCAGAAGAAGAAGUCGAUUAAGUAUGUUUUAGCCCCAAUUGACGCUUCGCAAGAAAUUCUUCGCCAUGCUUAUCAGUUGCUCAUGGCAAAGGAUUCUAGUUUUGAGCAAAAGGAUUUGGAGGAAAUUCGGGGAAUGUUGACAUCUGCUGCUAGGGAUUGUGUUACUGAAGAUAGGAAUUCUUUGGUUGCAUUUCAAGCUAGAACUGGCGUCGAGGUUUGCACGUUUAAAUUAGUCGUGACUAAUGCAGCAUCAUUACUUGAUGAUGAUGACUCUGCCAAGUUGGAAGCUGAAGCCAGGCUAAGCGAUCUUAUAAGGAACCAUGUGACACGGGUACUAGCGUCGGACACGGUUAGGUUCAAUGGACUUUUGAAUGCAUGGAGGUCUCACACUCUGACACAACCAUUUCAAGUUGCAAUUUCACCUUUGUUGGAUGUUAUGGGCGUCUUUGUGGGUUACUAACUUGAAAUAUGUUGGAAUUCUCAUUAUUUCUGUUGUUUAGGUGUGUGAAUAUGUGAUUGAUCUUCUUAUUAAUUGCAUAUUGAUACAUCUAUGACUGAUUUAGUUAUUUAUUGGGUUAGAUCAUUCACCUUUCUAAAUGGUGUGGCCAAGGAAGCAGAUUUUCAGCUUGUCCCAGAUAG